AUGUAUAGUGUAAAUUUUGAUAAUAACAUUAUUAUAUAAUCUGAUAAUUAGUACUUUUAUGUGACUUUUAGCAAUUAUACCGUUUAUAUUUAUAAUCCUUCUUUACCAUAGCAUAUGAGUUUAUAUUAUAUUCUCGAAUUGACAUAACCAAUAAUAUGCACUUCAGCUAUUUUUUUGAUGCAAGACAAUUUUAACUCUGCAGUACUUUUAUAUAACAAUAGUUUUUUCAAACUUAACAAUUUCUAAACAUUCAAUUCCUCAUUUGAUGGAGGCAAUCCAGACGCAUACUACACGAAAACCUACCCCUAAUUGAUAUAUAAUUAUUCUAUAGUUUCAGGAAUAAAUCCAAACUCCUUAUACUAAACUCCUAAUGAAAGUGUUUCUUAUUUAUCAAAUUUUACAACUUUUUAGAAUCAAAAACAGUAGCAAAUUCAACUUACUUAAGAUAAUUUAAUACUUAGGCCUAUAAAUUAGUCAUCUGAAAUUAAUUCAAUUGCAUUUUAAUAUCCUAUCAAUUUAAUCAUUGAUAGACAAGCCAGCGAUUGUUAAUGCAUUUCCCCUUAAUAUUGUUAUAUAGAUUAACCCUCAAGAUUACAUUUUUCAAAUAAUACUGAUAAUUUCACAUUAAUAACUUCUAUUAAUAACUAAUUUCUUGCUUUAUAGAAUAAUGAAACUAUUUAAAUUCUGAAUGGGGAAUUGACAAUCCUAUCAAAUUUUAGUUACUCAUAUCUAAAUUUUAUAGAAUGUCUGAUAUCAACAUCUAAUAAAAACAAUUUGUAUUCAAUCUGUUAUAAUGAUACUUCUUAGUAUUGGCUAACAUUUACAUUAAAUACUUCGGGUAUUGUAUCAAAAUUUGAUCUUAUCUAAUUUAACUAAACAUUUUCAAAAAUUUAAAAAAUUGGCUGCUUAUUAGACUAAAUAUUUAUUUUGGCUAUGUUCAAUAAUAAAGGUUAAGAAUUGUAUUUGUUUAACUCAUUUAACAGCAGCCUAUAACAGUUAUCUGUUUAUAAAAAUAACAAAAGUAUGUGUCAAGAUUUUGAUAUUGGCAUAUUAUAAUCCAAUUCUCUUGAUUUUUAAUCAAACACAAUAAUAUUAUUCAUGACUAAUGGAUUUUAACUCUAUUAUCAAAUGAUGUUUGUUUCAGCUAAUGCCAUUGAACUAUCUUCCAUAGUUUCUUACCAGUUAUAAAUUUGCAAUUAAUAAUUUGGUUGUUUUUUGGCGACCCAAAUAAUUUUUAACCUUUUAAUUUUACAGACUGAAGGUCAUAAUGUAAUUUUGAUAGCAAGUAAUAGCAAUAUAAGUUUCAUAAUAAAGAUCAGAGUACUUAUUGAAUAGAUUUUGGGUUCACCUGCUCUGGCCUCAGUUAUUUAAACCAUUCCAAAUUAUAAUUUAAACAACGAUGGUUAUAUAAUAUACUCUGAUGGCAUUUUGAUGCAAUAAUUUUAAUACUUUUUCAACGAAUACUUUGUUGGAAUUUAUUAUCUAGAUAAUUUAGCACAACUACAAGAUCCAUUUGAACCGAUUUUAAUGUUAGGUUAGUUAAAUACAACAUCCGUUUAAAAGGCAAUGAUUGUAAAUAAGACUAACCCCUAGAAUAUUGGAAUUAUCUUAUCAUUUUUUAACAACUCAAUAUAUUCAUAAGGAUUAAGUACAUGGAACUUAACAAAAAUUUUUUUACAAGUAAAAACGAAAUUAAUGUUUCUAUCUAUUGUGAAAAUUUUUAUUCAUCUGGUACUUAUAAUAUAACAUUUCAUUUGCCUUAAUAGUUUAAUUUUAACUUUAGAAGAUGGGUUUAUAUUUUGCUUUCAAUAAUAGUUGUACUUUUAUUAGUAUUUUGCAUAAGAAUAAGGCAGAAUACAAAGAAUUUAGAAUAUAUAUCAGAAGUUGAAUUAUGAUGUAAACAUGCUAUAAAAAUACCAAUUAUAUUAUGUUUCUAAUCAGUAUUAUGAAUAUGAUUGGGGGGGAGAUAUAUUAGUAUUUUUCUUUUUUUGGACUACUAUUUAUUAAUUAUCACAUCUUUAUCAUUAAUUUGACUUAAAAUUAAAAAUAUCAUUUUUAGAAUAUCCUUAAAAAUAUAAUCAUAAUGAGAAUGUAAUCCAAAAAUAAUAUCAAUUGAAUCUGCACAAUAAUUAAUGA